AUGCAUACUCUUAUCAGUUCAUUAUCAAUUUCAUGUACAUCUUCUUCACUGAACACAGAUUCAAAUUUUCAACUCAAACUGUCAGACACUGUAAACAAUUUAAGCGUACCAAUUAAUUCAACAGUUCAUUUAAGGUGUCAACUUCCAAUUAUACCAAAACAAAAGGAUAGUGUUUACGUGAUAUGGAGAUUUAGACAUUCACAUAAAGAUCCAGCACCGAAUACAUGGAGUUUUAUUCAUAAAGAUGAUGAUUUAGCUAGAUGUCCAGAACCACCAUACACAUGUGAAUUUGUUAACCAGUACGUCGUGUUGAACAGACUGAAUCAAUCUCUUUUCAAUAACCCAAGUGAAGAUGGAGCACCAUUUUCAUCAAAUGACAUUGAACUUAUUCAUCGAAGACAACUAUUCACAUUGAAACUGACUAACUUACAACCAGAUAUGAAUGGUUUAUUUCAAUGUCAUGUUCUGGUUAAUUUGGAUGCUUACGAUAAACGUGGACAUUUGAAUAUUUUAGUGCCUCCAAGUGAUCCGCUUCAUAUAAUAAGAAUAGAUGAGAAUUUCUCAACAAAUUCCAACAUCUCCGAUUAUUAUAAAAACACUUCAGAAAAAUCUUUUACGCUAAUAAGCGGAAAGUUGUACUAUUUCAGUUGCCUUAUAACCAGUGUUAAUCCAAAACCACAAAUUUCUUGGUUAAUUCGUCAUUCAAAAAAUGGAAUUCGAAAAAUGCAAACAAUUGAUGAGUUGAAUGAAACUAAAACAAUGUGGAAAACAUUUUCAAAUUAUGUAGACAUUCAAAAGUCAAAUGAUUUAACUUAUGAAGAUGACAAGAGCUUUUUAAAAUGUAUUGCUAAAAAUUCAUUGGGAACUGCAUCAUCUGAUGAAGUAAAAUUAAAUGUUCAAUAUGUGCCAGUCAUACAUCCAUUUGAUUCAAAUCCACUACGUGUACUGGAGACCACUUCAUUUACACAAGUCUGUAGAGUUCAAGCAAAUCCUCCAGCUCGUAUACAUUGGAUUGAUGAAGAGCGAAACAUAAUUUCAAAUAAUUCCUUUCUUGCUGUUUACCAUGUCAGCAGAAGUGGACCGAAACACUAUGCUUGUGUAGCCUCAAAUGAAAUUGGUGAAAAUAUACAAAAACUUUCGAUUGAUGUAUUAUUCCCUCCGACAGUUCAUGUCCAACCAAAAGUUACUGUUAAUGAAGGUGAAGCUCUAGAGAUAGCUUGCCGUGUUGAUGCAAAUCCAAGUGUUACUUCAGUCUACUGGACUUUCAAUAAACCAAUUCAUCAAGGAAGACAAUCUGAGAAGCCAACUUUAUAUUCAUCUCAUUCCAAUCAGUUAGAUGGUUCUAGAUUGAAAAUUCCGCAUACACGUGCAUUUCAUACAGGCGAAUAUUAUUGUCAUGCAGAGACUGGAAUUUAUACACCAAACGAUCUGAGAUUAUCUCAAAAAUUGCUAACACUUAAAGAAAUAUGGUCUAUUUGGCAAAAUAGAUCAACGUUAUAUGCACCAGUUAAUCUAACGAUAAACUAUCCUCCUGGACAGCCUACACUAACUAUGAUACAUUCAAUUAAUAAUAAAGGCGAAGAUUACAUCAGUUUACGUUGUCAAUUAAAUAUUUCAUCUCCUGGAUUACCAAGUCCAACGUUCCACUGGAUUCGAUCAUAUGGAUUCGACGAAAAGCAAGAGAUUAUAUCAGAAUAUUCAGACUCUGAUUAUGAUGAAGUUUCAAAGAUACUUACCAUUCGGUUAUACGGCCUCAGUCUACUAGAUUCUGGAAUAUACAGUUGUUUUGUACAAAAUCAUCUUGGUUCUAGUCAACCAGCCUCCGUCAGCGUACUAAUUAAAAGUAAGCCAAUAUUGAUAAGCAAACCAUUUGGACAGGCAACCCUACACUUUCAUACUGCCAGCUUACUAAAAAACCACAGAAAUGUUGAUCAUUACAAUGAGAUUGGAAAUCUGUUACAAUAUGGUGUUAAUAUAGUUAACAAAAGAAAUAUGAGCUGUACAUUUAUAUCAAGUCUACCGCCUGAUAUACAAUGGCUGUUUCAUAGAAAUCAAGGCGCAUUUACUAAUUAUCAUAAUAUAUUUGAUAAUGAUUAUAGUAUAUUAAAACAAUCAACACGUAACUAUAUCAUGAAGAAUAAAUUUGGUCUAUGGAGAAUUGAAACAUGGUUAGAAUUUCAAGAAGUUGACAUAAUUCUAUAUGUUAAAAAUACUUUAAAUAAAGUAUUAAAGCGACUGAAUAUUGAAUUUACUGAAAAAUUGACACUAUAUAAUUGGAAUUAUCAAGUAUUAAAACAAAUAUUGGAAUUUAUUAUAAUUCUUCGAAUGGAAGGCAAGUAUUUAUGUGAAACAUCCAAUUCAAUGGGUAUUGAACAAGGUUCAAUAAAUUUAACAAUACAAACACCACCAAGACCAUUUAUCACUUUCAAUGAAAUAAUAUCAACUUCUGCUGAUUCAUCAAAGACAGGCAAUCAGUAUACGAGUAGUUCAAAACUGUAUGGUCCAUUAUUUUGUCAAUUUUUUGGUAAACCAGCUGUACAUACAAUCAACUGGUGGAAAUUUACAGGAUCAAACUAUCAUGAAAUAAAUGAUAAUGAUGAUAAUAAUAAAUGGAAACUAAUUUAUACUACUGAAAAUUUUAAUAAAACAAUAAAAUUUAAAGAAGUGCAUAAUUAUCUGAUUGUCACAGGAAAGCCAGCAUUCAUUAUUCCAUCAACUUACGAUUUCACCUCGAGUGGGAAACAGACAGACUAUAAAGAUUUCUACUAUAAUUUGGAGAAAACGAAUUACAAAUUUACUAUGUUCACAAUGCUAUGGUUAAAAGAAGUAAAAUCUGAAGACUAUGGAUAUUACAAGUGUGAAUCAGUCAGUGAAGUUGGGCGUGUUUCUGAAAUUCGUCUACUCAAAGAACCAAAUGUACCACAAACUAUUACUGAACUCUAUCAAAUUCAAUCCACAUGGACAUCUGUCACUAUAUCCUGGGAACAGAAUUAUCAUGAUUCACAACUGGAUUUACCAUAUCAAGAUAUAUUGAAUACAUCAAAUGAUAAUAAUAUCUUCACUGUUAUCCAGAAUUUUUUACAAAUUUGGCUUGAUAAAAGUCAAAGUGCACAAAAAUAUCUUAUUGAAUUAGAAGACCAUGGAACAAACUCUAAUUUAUCUGAAACUUUCAAACCAACAAACAAAUCAAGUCUCUUCCCCAACUUUGCAUCAAUGUACAAAAGUGGACCUCGUCUAUUAUACGAAAGUAAAGCUGGAAACACUGAAAGGAAGACACUUAUAACUCAUUUCCUGGUAAAUACUAGAGGUGAAAAUCUUAUUAACAUAAGCGGUCUGAUGUCAAAUCAUUUGUAUACGGUAAAAAUUUCAGGGAUCAAUAAACACGGUAAAGGUAAACCGUCCAAGGCUUUGGCUUUUAAAACAAAAUCUCUUAAUCCUGAAAUACCUGGUCAUAUACAAAUAGUCGAGUCAAAAGAAUCAAUACAAUUUUCAAGAGGUAAUCCAGCUUUUUGUGCUCAAGUUGCUGUUAGCAAUGAUAAUGAUAAUGGAAACACUUGGGAUACUAUACACUUUUCAUCAAACCAUACACCGACAAUUAUCGUUAAUGGGAAAGUAUUUUAUCCAGAAACUAAAGAAAGAUAUGUAGAGCUAGUGAAUUGUAAACCAUUAUCAUGGAAUGAUUAUACAGAGAUACCAGUGAAAUUACAACAAAAAUUACAUUAUCGUGCUAGAUAUUGUAUUUAUGGUCAUAAUACACUGUGUACAGAAUAUGUUCGACCAGUUAAAGAUAUUUCAACCUACAUUGUUAUUAUAUCUGCCUUACUGUGUAUAACACUAGUUGGAUUAUUAGGCGGUUUAUUUAUUUACAUAACUUGUAGACAUUUGAAUAAAAAUGGAGUCUCCAGUCGUCAUAGUCGACGUCAGCAACAUCAAAGUCAUCCAUAUCCCCUGCAUAAUCAACAGGUGAAUGAAAGUCAAUACAUAAUCAUAAAAGACAAUUCGUCAAAUUUAUUCAGCUAA